UCUUCUCAACAUCCCUUCCACCUUCUCCCCCUCCCUGUAUUCGCUCUCCACACGCCUUCUCAUCGUUUUCUUUCAGAUUUUUGUUUUCUUCAACACAAAUUUUCGCUUACGAUUCACCACGAUUUCGGACUUCAUGCAUAGAUAAAGAGAAAGAAGGCAUAUGAAUAACUAGGAAAUGGGGAAGAAAGGGAGUUGUUUUUUUGGAGUGAGGAAAGUUCUCAGUCACCAUCAUGAGAAGAAAGACAAGAAACCAAACAAAUGUAAGAAUAAAUGGUUCCAAGAGGAGGAGAGUGUGGAUGUGAUUUCCUUUUUGGAACAAUCCCAAUUGGAGGUUCUUGCACAGCCUCCUAUGAUAGAAACAAGCGAGCUUGCGCAUUUGGAGGCUGCGGAGCCUUCUCUUGCUGAAGCUCAGCUGGCUGUGGAUGUUGAAUAUCCACCUAGGUUUAUCCCUCGUCGGCCAGAGAUGUCGGAGGAAACAGCUGCUAUUAUGAUUCAAGCUGCGUUUCGUGGAUAUACGGCACGGAGAGCAUUGAGAGCUCUCAAAGCGUCGAUGAGAUUGAAGGCGUUGGCACAAGGGCAAUCUGUCAAACGGCAAGUGGCCCAUACUUUAAAAUACAUGCAGACCAUUACUCAUUUGCAGGCAGAGAUUCAUAAGAGGAGAAUAAGAAUGUCGGAAGAAAAUCAGUCUCUUCAUCGGCAACUUUAUAAGAAACGUGAGAAACAUGUCGAGAAGUUAAAAUCUUCUAUGGACAAUGACUGGAAUCACAGCACCCAAUCUAAGGCACAAAUUGAAGCUAAAUUAUUGAACAAGCAAGUAGGUGCACUUAGAAGAGAAAGGGCUCUGGCUUAUGCUUACUCUCAUCAGCCAACAUGGAAAUUUUUUUCAAGAACUGCAACCCCCAGUUUCAUGGAUCCAAACAAUCCCCACUGGGGUUGGAGUUGGUUGGAGAGGUGGAUGGCAGCUCGUCCAUGGGAACUCCGAAUCACCGACGAGCAACUGGAUCACAUUUCUGUCAUGAGCAUUGCAACCCGUGCUUCUGUGGUUGAUAUAAUCCAAAUUUGUGCUCGUCGUGAUCAGAUCUUUUAUACCAAGCCUUCUCUAAGGUCUCCUACAAGCCAACUGCAUAGGCAUCAUUCUUCUUCAACUUCUAAGCCACUAUCUCCCUCAUCUAGCAGAAACAAAAAGAAUGCAGCCAAUUCAGGGAUAAGCAGCUGGGGCGCGUAUGAUGUCAAUUCAAAGCUCUUCCGGAGGCAUACUAUUGGAGGGUCAUCACUCAAGGAUGAUACAACCAUUGCCAGUUCACCUUCAGUUUCGAGUCACACAACGCCAUCAAAGGCUGCCAAGACUCCGUCCCGGUUUGCAAGUUCAUCUAGAACAGAGAAGAAAGGAACAAUGGAAAAAGGAUCUACAAGUACAGGUUCUGCAAGGAAGCAGCUUUCCUUUACAUCUCCUCCUGUUAAGCCAAGGAGGCGAUCUAGUCCUCCAUUGGUGAAAUACUAGCCAAGCACAUAAAACCAUGAGAAAGUUCGAUAAUUGAUUGAUUGAUCGUCGAGUUCGUCGAGUCGACGAAUCCAUUCUUUCAUCACCUGCAUUCUUCAACAGCUUCUAUUUGACCAUUUGGGUGAGCUAAUAUAUAUGUUUCUUUGGUUUUUUUAGUGUCUUUUUUCUCAUUUCCCAUACCGUUGUUCUUCCUGAAAUUCUUGUUUGUUUCUGGGUGGCUUUUAUCUAUUGAAUCCAUUUGUAUAUUUGUUUGUCUAUAAUAUUGUGAGAAUCCUUCUAA